AACCUUAUCGUCGUGCGUGCCUGCCUGGAUCUACUGAUCUCUCGUUCCCUGGCCUCCGCAUCGAAAUCGGAUACGAUUAUGCAUUGAGAGACAACCCAAUCCCUGAAAACAGGGCAAAACCCUAAUUCGCUUCCAGUUCUUCCAAGGGCGGGAACCCACCAAUCAGUAUGGCGCUUUCUGGAUCUGCUGUCUGCUACAAAGUGAAUUCCAUUGAUAUCGGCGACAUUACCCGGCGUCCGUUGUUGAGCUUAGAGAAAAAGCUUCAUGGCAGACACCCGGCUUCCGGUGGAGAAUGCCGCCCGUUUCUGCGUACGACCAAUGCAAGGCAGCCUUUUUGUCCUGUUGCAGCUACCCCUGCUUCACCCUUGCGGCGGUUAUCAUGCUUCAGACCCUGUCGAGUAGCGAGCGGGGAAUCCGAGGGUGUGGUUCGAGGUGGUGAAAGCCCAUCAACGGAGGAUGAACAGACCUUGACCCAGGACUUGCAGACUGCGAUAGAAGAAGAGGACUACGCACAAGCUGCCAAAAUCAGGGACAGCCUUAAGUUGCUACAGGAAGACAGCAAGUCCGCAGUGCUCGCUGCGAAUUCCCGGUUCUACAAUGCCUUUAGGAAAGGCGAUCUAGCUAGCAUGCAAGGCCUGUGGUCGAAAUGUGAGAAUGUGUGUUGCGUUCACCCCGGUGCUAGUGGAGUUCUUGGUUACGAUGAUGUUAUGGAGAGCUGGGAGCUAGUGUGGAUGGACUACGAUUUCCCGCUAGAGAUUGAGCUGAAAAACGUCCGGGUUCAUUUCAGAGGAGAUAUGGGAUACGUGACUUGUGUAGAAUUCAUCAGAACGAAAGGAAGUAGCUGGGGAGCGCAGUUUGUGACCAAUGUGUUUGAGAGAGUUGGUGGUUGUUGGUUCAUCUGUGUUCACCAUGCUUCACCUGUUGACCUCUAA